UGUUAUAGUUCUUCGUUACUCUGUACGUAGCACAAUGAAGUUGAUAAUUUUGUUUGCAUUCACUUUGGCUGUUGCCUCAGCCUUUGAUCUUCGUGGAGAAGAAAUCUUUGAACGCGAGUUCUUUAUGCCUGUGGUGGACGACGAGAUUGAUGGCCGCAUUACAAAUGGUAAAGACGCUGCGGCGAAUCAAUUUCCUUACCAAGUUGGUUUGUCAUUGAAAACUCCCAGCGGUACUUCUUGGUGUGGUGGUUCAUUGAUUGGCGCAAACUGGGUCCUUACUGCUGCUCAUUGCACUGACACCGCCACCUCCGUACAGGUUCUACUUGGUUCCACAGUUCGUACAAGGCCCGCUGUCUCGUUCACUGUCAGCAAGAGUGACAUCAUUGUACAUCCCAGGUGGAGCAGAAUAACUGCUAGGAACGACAUUUCACUUAUUCGCAUUCCAACCGUUAGCUACACUGCCGCUAUUCAGCCUGUUGCUCUGCCCAGCAUUGCUUCCUCGUACUCAACCUAUGAAGGUGAUAGUGUUAUCGCUUCUGGCUGGGGUCGUACCUCUGACUCUUCGAACGCCGUUGCUUCCAAAUUGCAAUAUGCCAUCAUGACUGUUAUCUCCAAUGCUCAGUGCAAGAAGACCUAUGCCAGUGUUUCAGCAAGCAACAUCUGUAUCGCCACAACUGGUGGUGUCUCCACCUGCAACGGUGACUCCGGCGGUCCAUUGGUGUUGGCCUCCAGCAAUGUUCAAGUUGGUUUGACCUCAUUCGGCUCGAAGGCUGGUUGUGCCAAGGGUUACCCAGCAGCAUUCACUCGCAUUACUAGCUACUUGGACUGGAUUAAACAGCAAACCGGUAUUUCCGCCUAAAGAGUUCACAUAAUAUUGUUUUAAUAAAAAUUAAAUUGAAAAAGCUUAAAGU